AUGGCUACCGCGCCGUCUGCUGCUACUGUGAUUGCAGUCGAGUUUAUACUCGUUGCAGUGGCAUUAGCCAUUAUCAUCGCUCGGAUCUAUCUGCGCCUCGUGAUACAGAAGCAAAGUCUCAUCGUUGCAGACUGGAUACGCAUAUUAGCAUUCAUAUCUGCUUUUACUUCCGCAAUCUUCGACAUUAUACUCGUGGUCGAGGGGGCAAUGGAUCCUGCCAACAAUUACACGCUGGUCAAUUGGGAUGUGCCACUAGAGAAGCUACAAAGAACCCUCAAGGUUACCUGGGCUGUGACGAUUCCUUUCUUCACAACCUUCUACCUCUGCAAAGCCUCUCUUCUUGUCGUCUACCUCCAGGUAUUUCCUACCUUUAUGCGCAAGGCAAGGAUUGUGCUCUGGGUGGUGGUUGCUUAUUGCGUUUGUGCAUAUGCUGUAUCAAUGAGCCUCCUAAUAUUCCUUUGUUUCCCUACUCAAAGGAAUUGGUCCGUCUUAGGACCUGAAAAGGUCUGUGACGAUUGGCCGAUUGUUACAACAUUCCAAAUCUCUUGGGCGCUGCAUUUCUUUGGAUCCCUUGCUCUAUUUGCUUUACCGUUUCUCCUUCUUCACAAGCUUAACCUGCGCCCAAAGGUCAGAGUUGGUGUUUACGGAAUCUUCCUUCUUGGUUUUAUCGACAUUGCGUUUUCUUUAACUCGAUUUUUAACGAUUCAACUCACCAAGGUUGGCGACUUUGCAUCCAUAACAACAAUUGGACUAUGGAGUGGCCUUGACCUUUACAUAGGUCUGAUAGUGGCCUGCCUACCUGCUCUCCGCCCGUAUCUUCACAGAAAGGGCUCCAAAUACAGCUACGCCGAGUCAGGCCGACCAACAGGAAACUCAACGCAUCCUGCACGGAGAACAGUGGACCGAGGCUUCCAAGAGAUUGACGAGAAUCCGUAUGUGGAGGGCAAUUCAGGGCCCGGCCGGUGGGCUGUGGGACACUCGCCUGAGCUUGGUGCAACAGGGUGGAGCGAUAAGAAGAGCAAUGGCAGCGAUGUCGAGCUCGUGAGUCUUGACGUAACAGCGGCCAAGGAUCGGAUGCAUGUAUAA